AGGAUAAAAAUAUUUUUGUAUUUGGGAACUCCUGAUUGUUUGCUUUCAUUAGCACUGCUUUGUCAGUUACCUAGGAGAAUGAUCAGCUACACGGACGCAGGAAACCAAACACGUGUCUCAGAAUUCCUCCUCUUGGGACUCUCAGAUGACCCAGAACUGCAGCCCCUCCUCUUCGGGCUGUUCCUGUCCAUGUACCUGGUCACCGUGCUUGGGAACCUUCUAAUUAUCCUGGCUGUCAGCUCUGACUCUCACCUCCACACCCCCAUGUACUUUCUCCUCUCCAACUUGUCUUUUUCUGAUAUUUGUUUCAAUUCCACCAUAGUUCCAAAAAUGCUGGUGAACAUCCAGACAGAGAACAAAGCCAUCAGCUAUGCAGGCUGCAUCAUCCAGAUGUAUUUUUUCUUAGUUUUUGUGUGUCUGGACAGCUUACUCUUGAUGGCGAUGGCCUAUGACCGGUUUGUGGCCAUCUGCCACCCCCUGCACUAUACGGUCAUAAUGAACCCCCAGCUCUGUGGUCUGCUGGCUCUCAUCUCCUGGUCUCUCAGUGUCCUAGUGUCUCUCCUCCACAGUUUCAUGGUAUUGCAUCUCUCGUUCUGCAUGCAAACGGAAAUCCCGCACUUCUUCUGUGAAUUGGCUGAGGUGCUCAAGUCUGCCUGUUCUGAUGCUCUCAGCAACUACAUUGCACUGUAUUCUGUGAGUGGUCUGCUAGGUAUUAUUCCACUGACUGGGAUCCUUUUCUCUUACUCUAAGAUUAUUUCCUCCAUACUGAAAAUGUCCUCAGUGGAGGGUAAGUCCAGAGCUUUUUCCACCUGUGGGUCUCACCUAACAGUCAUUUCCUUAUUCUACGGGACAGGGUUAGGAGUGUAUCUCAGUUCUGCCUCUUCCCCCUCCUCCGCAAGGAAGGCAACUGCCUCAGUGAUGUACACUGUGGUCACCCCCAUGCUGAACCCCUUCAUCUACAGCCUGAGGAACAGGGACAUGAAUGGGGCCCUGAGGAAACUGGCCAGCAGGUCUUUCUUCUCUCUGUGA